AUGUCCUCUCGAGCCUACAGUGCAGCAGCAGCUUUAGACGUCGAAGAGCUCAGAGAAGCCACUAUUGCCUUUUGCAAAGAAGAAAUCACUCGUGAAGUAGCAGCUGCUACUGAUUCCAACAACUCAUUCCCAAAUGAACUGUGGCCCAAACUGGGUGAAGCUGGUUUAUUAGGUAUCACUGCCAGCCCUGAAUACGGUGGUUUGGGACAGGGAUACCUGGCACAUUCGGUUGUAAUUGAAGAACUUUCUCGAGCCAGUGGAUCUAUCGCUCUGUCAUACGCUGCUCAUUCUAAUCUGUGUAUCAACCAACUGACUCUUCAUACCACCCCAGAACAGGGUGCCAAGUACCUUCCAGACCUUAUCUCCGGCAAAAAAAUCGGUGCACUUGCCAUGUCAGAAGCAGGAUCUGGUUCUGACGUUGUUUCUAUGAAAACAACUGCCACACUUUCUGACGACGGGUCAGGAUACUACUUAAAUGGCACCAAAAUGUGGAUUACCAACGGUCCUGAUGCUGAUACACUUGUGGUGUAUGCCAAAACCGAUCCUAAAGCCGGGUCUAAAGGUAUUACUACAUUCAUUGUUGAAAAGGGCAUGCCCGGGUUCUCGUGUACAAGAAAACUCGACAAGCUUGGAAUGAGAGGAUCCAACACUGGAGAAUUGGUAUUUGACAAUGUGUUCAUUCCUAAAGAGAAUGUUCUCGGAAAAGUUGGCGGUGGAGUUUAUGUUCUUAUGAGCGGACUAGAUCUCGAACGACUGGUUCUAGCGGCCGGUCCUGUCGGACUCAUGAAAGCAGCCCUUGACGAGACUCUACCAUACGUUCACACCCGUCUGCAGUUUGGCCAGCCCAUAGCACACAACCAACUGAUCCAAGGCAAGCUGGCUGAUAUGUACACAAAAUACGCUACUGCCCGAGCAUUCCUCUACGAAACCGCUCGAGCAGCCGAUGCGGGCCACAAAGACACCAAAGACUGUGCCGCUGUGAUCCUGUACGCUGCGGAACGAGCCACCGAGGUCUGUCUCGACGCCAUCCAGUGUCUCGGCGGCAUGGGCUACGUCAACGAAACAGUCCCCGGCCGUCUUCUCCGCGACGCCAAACUCUACGAAAUCGGCGCCGGCACCUCUGAAAUCCGUCGCAUGGUCAUCGGCCGCGCUUUCAACAAAGAAUACCGCCAAUAA